GCCAACAUCUGAUCGAGUGAUGUGUGCCUGUGCCACCACGAAUUGACCUCUGCUGACGAAAUCGCUCACAGGUCACCAUGAGUGCACGUUUUGAUACUGAAGCUUUCGGAAAAUGCAGGACGUGCCUGGAAGGUAGGAGAGGUGCUGUAUCAGUUUAAAAAGGAUCAACUAUACCCAGCAUCGAGGUAGGUGGUACCAUAUUGACUCCAAUCAGCAGUUCCAACAUCAAAGAACACCAAACAAAAAGACACUCGACUCCUCAGCCUCGACAAGAACAACAGUCAUCCAAUCCCCGCUCAAUUCAGACAAAACGAUUAAUUACAUAAUCAACUCACUCACUCACGCAUUCAAAAUGAACGCCGCUCAAACAAUUACACGAAGAAUGGUGACUGGUAUGGGUCCAAGAUUGACCGCACCCGUACGACACUCUUCGACAUCCAUGACGCCCAAGGAUCGCAAAAAUAUGAGAAUGGUCUUCACAGCGGGCACAGCAGCAACUCUCAGCGGUGUUGCAUUCGCAGCUGCACGAUCAGGCAACCGAGUCGGCACCCGGUACCAGAAGAAGAACCUCAGCCUCGACUCUUCAAAAUGGUUUUUGGAAGGCGCCGACGUCAACAAAUGGCUAGCACCUAGACACUGAUUACUGCUUGCACGUAUGCAUUGUCAUGUCAAUCAUGCCAUGUCUCGCCGCUUGAAUCGCCUGUGAUGGGUCAGAGCUCGUGGUGAUUUAUUUGUGGAGUUUAUAUUAUAUGGCGGGCGUUCUGAUCCUCGGCGAAAAGAGCAAGCUUGUAGGGGGACACGGCGUUUGGAGGGAUGUUUUUGUGGAAACUCUGCACAGCAGAAACGAUUUGAUCCAACAAUUCAAUUAACAUACAACCCACUUUGGGAUAUAUAUACAUGUUAUACACAAAACGCCCCCUGGGGU